UUUGAACACUCUUUCCUGUGUGACGUCAUACGAUUGGGAAGGAGAUAGGCCCAAAACCUCAUCAUGGCCAGCGCUGUUCAACAGAACGUGGAGACUUGGAAGGCUAAACUAGAUAAGAUAUUGCACGAGAAGAAUGGCUUCACAGACCUUCUUGAGAAGGUGGAGCAGAAGACGGGCGUGCGCAGACUUUACCUUGCUAUCGGUAUAUGCAUAACUUUUAGAUUUAAGGCCGUAGAAAGCACAAACAAAGAUGAUGACACCGUGUGGCUGAUAUACUGGGUCGUCUACAGUUUUUUCGCUCUCCUAGAAUUCUUCACAGACAUCUUUUUAUUCUGGAUCCCAUUUUACUGGCUUCUAAAGUGUAUCUUCCUGGUGUGGUGUAUGGCUCCCUCAUCAUACAACGGCUCCCAGGUGCUCUACUUUAGAUUUAUCAGACCGUUUAUCCUCCGCUAUGAGAAGAGAAUCGACAGCGCCCUCGACCGCGCCUCCGAUGCCGCCAAGGAAGUGUUUGGCAUAGCUUUCAAAGCAACGAAACAGGCGGGAGAAGUGGCACAAGACAUGGCUAACGAAGCAGCCACAGAUGCCCUGAAGAAACAGUACAUGGAUAACUCAGCAAAGACUGACUAAACGGAACUAUAUAAUUACCUUCCCUCCCAGCAGUAUCCCCCGAAUACUAUCACCCUCCACCUGAUUUCAAAACAUAAAGCAGAACUUUUACCUCCCUCACAGUGAAAAAUUUCAACUCGCAAGGAGUCCUCGACCAUUACAUUACCCCUGAACCAAUCUGCAUCACCCCUGAACCAAUCUGCAUUACCUCCAAACCAAUCUGCAUGCUUUAUUUGAGACUCUUAUGUGCAAUACACGAUUUACGAAAUUUGAAAAGUGAUGGACCUGUUGUUUUGUUUAAUUGGUUACUUUUUUGAUGUGUUCACUCCCCCAUUGUUACAUUGUUGAUUUAGAAUCUCCCGCGGUUCACUUGUCCGAGUUUUUGUUCCCCAGGGUAUCCGUGAAUUGUUAAAAUCUGGAGUAUUAGUCAUCAAGUGUUUGCAAAGCAGAUAUCUUGAAUUUUGCUCAAUAUAACUAUGUCUACAUGUAUGAUAAUUUUUGCCUCACAUAUCUCUAUUAGCAGUUUAAUAGAAAAAAAGCACACUUAAUUGUAUCCAUAUCAAACCUGCUUUGUAUUAGCAGAUAAUUGAGGAGUUAAAUGACGGUGUUUCUUGUAUAACUAGUUCCUGAAGUAUGUAAAUAUUACACGAAACUUUGAUUUAGUUCCCUGGGAAUGUAAAUAUAAUUCAAAAUUUUGAUGUUGUACAAAUAUAUGUAAUAAAAAUACUCCCAUUAUUAUGACUUUUCUCUAUUUUAAAAUUUUCUACAUAAUCAAUGUUCUUCUCAGAUAAAACAUCAUCUACGGCAAAAUGUACAUAGCUUAAUAAUUUUUCUAUUAUACAAAUUUUUAUCAUAUUUGAUAAUGAUUCUUGUUACUUAUUAGAUAUUUAUUAAACUUGCUGUGAAUUUAAUUAUUAAAUUUUUAUUUAAAUAUUUAUAAAGCUUCAUAUUGCAUGAAAUAUUUGUGUAUGCUUCUACAGAAACGUAGGAACUGUACAUAUUAAUAUUUAUUUAUUUUCUACAUUCCUAAACCAUCUGUAUCUAUUUUUAAACUGAAAUGAAUUAGAUUGAAAUUUUUAUCUGUCUGUAUAUGAAUAAAUGACAUAACAGUAAAAUCUUAGAUCCACCACAAAGAAGUGUGACCUAUUUAUCCUUUGUACUAGAUUGUUACUGUGUAAUUUCUUUUGUCAUGUAUCAAAUCUGCUAGCAUUUACUAAAUCAAUAAAAUUCUCAAAACCCAA